UUUCUCCCUCUUAACAAAAGGAGCAGCAUAAACAAAAGAAGAACCGAAACGGACAAUAUUAUAAUUAAAUCGUUUUGUUUAUACUCAUGCUGAGUGUUUUGUGUGUGUGGUGUGCCACUUUUACCAACUUUAGAUGCUUACAACUGUGUAUUACACGGAUCUCUAGCUUUCUUUGGAUGUGCUGUGAAAUUGAGAGUUUUUCGGUGCUUUUUAUACGAGAAAAGAAUCGAAAUUUGCAACUCAAGAAAUCGCAUUAAUUGAAAACGCUGCGUGUGAACUUUUCGGCCCCGCAUAAACACAUGAAUAGAUAACGAAUCUGCCACUGUAUGGGAUCGUUUAUAGCCCCCCAGAGAACCCUCGAAUCGAACUGAACCGACCCGAACACUCUGUGAUUGACAAAUUAACGCAUUCAUUUUGAUUAGCAUCUGUAUCUACUCGUAUCUGUUCGAUAGCUGAGGGUUCUGUUUCAAUAGUUCCAGCGAUUAACGAUCCCACAGUCAGAUCACAGUUUCGGUUGUGUCCGUCCCCUAUUCGGUGUCUCGAUUGUCUAUAGAUUGGCAUUUUACAGCAUUCGCGUUCGCCGAACCUCAAUUGCGGAAAGCUCUAUACAUAAACGAUCUUUAGUCGUACCGCACAGAUAUAUAGCUAAUAUAUAGUAAAAGCAACCGUGACGCAUCAUCAUCAUCACAUUGAGAUCGCGUCUAGUGGGUGGCGGUGACAAAAACAAGAAGCGAAACCCAGCCACUAAUUUCAACUAAUUUCAAACACUUGGCUAAAUGCGUGAUCGUCACUUGGCCAAAAUGCCGCGUGGAGGAACAACAACAGCGCGCUAUGAGGAGGAUCCAGACAAUGCCUGGAACUGCUGCUCCUGGUGCGAGUACUUGCUGAUCGUGAUCCUUUCCACCAUUCUGCUGGUGGGAGUCCUGGUGUUGACCCUCUUCUGGGUGAUGUUCUAUCGCGAUGGCUUCGCCUGGUCGGAGAGCCCCAAGCAGCAGUUCAAUCUGCAUCCCAUCCUGAUGAUUGCCGGUUUCGUCACUCUCUCUGGAUUUUCCAUCUUGAUCUAUCGCCUGUGCCGGUGCGUGAAGCAUAUCUAUGUGAAGCUGAUCCACAUGUUCUUUCACGCCAUUGCCAUUCCGUGCAUCGCCCUGGGUUUCCUCUCCGUCUUCGACUCCCACGAGGCGUUGCAAAAGGUGAACUUCUACAGCCUGCACUCUUGGCUGGGUUUCGUGACUAUGGGCAUGUUUGUGCUGCAGUUUGUGAUCGGAUUCUUCAGCUUUCUGGUGAUGCUCUGCUGUGAGAACAAGACCUACAGCUGCCGCUCCGCCAUGGUGCCUAUACACGCCAGUCUGGGUCUGGCCAACUUCUGGCUGGCCAUUGCCACAUCUGUUACGGGUCUCAUUGAGAAGGAGCGCGAGACGGUGGCCGAAACGAACGUCAGCGCCGAAAACAAGCUCAUUGAGCAUUACAUCACCAGUGCCAUUGGCAUCACUCUGAUCUUCAUCGGCAUCAUCGUCACCUUUGCGGUGCGACGGUCCAACGCUCCCGCCUCGGCCAAAGUCUACGUAACCGAACGCAUUUAGGAUGUCGGCUGCCCCCCAGCUGGCCCCGCCAACCACAGCCAGUGCAGGAAGAGCGUCUCAAACGGAAAAUGUAUCCAAGGAUUAUCUGUGGUUCCGUUGUGGAUUCAGAGCUUUGAACCAAUGUCGUCCUAUUGAAAGGCUUAGCACAAACAGAUCACGCUUCUGCAUACUCUUUCUAGACAUACCUGUUAUAACGUUUUAUAUGCCAAAUUGAAUUCCCUUCAUAUACAUAGACUACUCUACUGCGUAAAUCAAAAACUUUUCUCACCCAUCCAAUGGCAGUUUAAACUCCUAAGUAGAUUUGUAGGUUUAGGAAUCUCAGAGCAAUCGCAUUACCACUUGGUAGACAGUGAAAGUACCCGACCAGAUCGAAUCAGACCCGACCAAACGCAGGCAAAAAAUAAUCAAAAUUUAAGUGUUCAGCUGAAGUUGAUCGUACAUUACAAUACAUACAUGAUUAGCCAGUUUUUUGGUACUAUAGUAGAAUUUUGAUAUAAGCCAAUGUAUGUAUUCAGCAGAUAAUACAACUAAUCUAUGUACUAUACCAGAUAAAGAGUACACUUUACACAUUUAUUGUAGAUUCAUAUUGUCGCAUUUGAUGUUUCUCAGUAUAAGCUGUAAACCAAUUUUACAAAUAAAUCAUACUUUCCCCA